AAAAUGCACCGAUCAAAUCAAAACUAUUUCUUCUCCCAAAAAGAAAAAGUAGAAAAAUACCAUUUUGUUUUCUAAGUGUUUAUACCAAACUAAAAUGAUGUGUUUCACUGAUUAAACAAUGUUUAAGAAACCCCUAAUCCGUUGAUUUAGUUCAAAUAUCUAUGAGAUAAACAUUGUGAAAGAUGUGUUCCUCCCCGUCCACCAUAUGCCAUUUCUUUUUCAUGUUUUUGCCUUCAUCAAUUCUCAAUCAUCCAAUUCUCUUCAAAACCCAUUGCAAAAUCCCUCCCUUUUCACCUCCGAAUUCCGUUUCAACAAGCUUCAGGCUAAAUUUGUAAGUUCGGUCGUCGUUUUCCACCUCAACUCCGACGUCUCUGCCACCGAGGACGCCGCAUUCCGUUCCUGGAUUUAUCUCCUGUAUUCAGAACGAGAGAAAGGUCUAAGAAAGAAGCGAGUUUUUUGUUCAGAAGCUCACGCUGGUAUUUGGGUCUUUUGUUUAGUAUAAAGUUAUAAACCCCGUCUAGAGUAGAUGGAGAUGAAGGAGACAAAACAAGAGAGAGAAAAAGGAAGAGGAAGAAAGAGUAGAGGAAGGGAGGAACGUUAAAAGAAAUAUAUUUUCAUCUGUAGACCCAAAAAGCAAGUUGGAAACCCGAAAACCCCCAGAAAUGAACAAAGGAAAACAAGACUGGUGACGUACAGCCAACAGACGUUUCUACUCAGCCCAACGCUUGAAAUGAAAGGAAAGAAAAAAACAGAAUAGGCUUUGUUCAUACUCUCUCUUGAGUUCUGAUUCAGAAAUUUGAGCUUUAAAAAAUGUCCACAUCGAUGAACAACGGCAGCGAUGAAGAAACAACCCGAAAAAACGAACCAAAACCCGAGUCGGAGUACGUCAACCUCAAAGUGAAUGGCCAGGAUGGGAGCGAAGUGUAUUUCAGGAUUUCUAAGAAAUCCGAACUCAGCAAACUCAUGUAUUCUUACUGUAAAAGACAAGAGUUAGAGUUCAGUACCAUUGUUUUUCUCGUGGACGGCCAUCCCAUUGCUGGAACCCAAACCGCGGAAGAGCUGGGGUUGGAAGAUGGAGAUGAAAUUGAUGCCAUGAAACACCACUACGGCGGCGGCGGCGGAGCAAUCUGAGUUUUUCAUUUCUGUGGAAAAAUGGUGAUCAAGCGAUCUCUGUCUUUUGGUUAAAACGGUGACGUUUGGUCUUAGUGUUAAAUCUCAUGUUUGUUUUAUGUUUGCAUUUUGUUUAUAUAUAUAUAUAUAGCAAAAUCUAUCCAAUUUUUUUUAGU